AUGAAAAUUCUCCUUAACAGCGGUGGAGAUGUAAACGUAGAGGGCAAUGAUGGGAUCACGCCCCUACAUUUGGCGGUUGCGAAUUUGGGAAUUUACGGACCUCAACUGACGAGAAUGUUACUCAAAUCUGGAGCUAACGUGAAUGCCAUUGAUGCUAAUCAACGAACACCAUUGCAUGAAGCAAUUAGAAAUGAAAACGAUGACAUUAGUUUCGACGCGAUCCAGCAGCUGGUCGAAAAAGGAGCAAAUUCGAACGCUCAUGACGGCAAAGGCUUGACACCGGUCCAUUAUGCCGUUCAAUACAGAAGAAGCAACUCGAUCAAAGUGAUGAAGCUUCUAUUACAACACGGAGGAAACCUGAACAUCGCAGACAAUAAAGGGAUGACGCCACAGCGCCUUGCCGAAUAUUUCCUGCCACCUGCCAAUAAAAAUCUAAGCAACGAAGAAUAACAAAAUUCUUCGUACAUCUAAAGUGGUGGGGCAAUUGCCUUGUUUUAACGUAGUCAUUUUGUAGUAUUGAAAAAUUCAUUCUUCAUUAUGCUAAUAAACGACGAAGGAUUUCCCUAGUGCUUAAUAAGUUGAACAGUUAGACCCCCAUUUUCUGAUUAAUACAACUCUAUGCUCUCUCUUCUA